UGACACUCAACCAGCCUGUGUUUCUGUCUUGUGUCAUUGUGUGUUGUGUGUGGCCUUGUUCCCUUCCAGGUCCGAGCGAGGCGGAGGGUUUCCAACUGGAGAUGAGCGGCCUGCUCUCAGAGCUCGCCUGUCCAUACUCUGUCCUCACCAGCGGAGACAUCACCCAGAGGUUCCUAAAGAGGACCGACUGUCUGCUGCUCCUUACUUUCCUGGUGUCAGAGCUGGAGGCAUCAAGGAUGAUCCGGGUUCAUAAGCCGGAAAAGAAAAGCCAAGAGUCAGGCAGCCCCAUGUUCCAGGAGCUGAAGGGCAUCUGCAUGGCUCUGGGCAUGUCCAAGCCUCCAGCCAACAUCACCAUGUUCCAGUUCUUCAGUGGAAUUGAGAAGAAG